AUGGCCAUGUCUGUAGAAGACCCUCCCCCUUCAACAUCGACUCGGGCUUUACGCAGAACCUCGCGUGUCAACUAUACAGAGGAGCGUGUUAACUCUGCCUUUACUUCAUCCCAACCACCCCAAUCCACAAGUAAACCAAAUGGGGUCUCAGUAUCUUUCCAUUACAAACCAAAAUCUGUCUCUUCUUCUCCACCUGUCCAACCAAUCAACAAUAAUUCCUCAUCUGAAUCUACUGCUGCUCCAAUUUCAACUGCUCCAAAACUUGAAUUAGAAUCUCUAAUUCCUUCGAGCUGGAAAACCAUGCCUGAAGAUGCAUUUUCUGCAAUGCCCAAUUUAAUUUCAGCUUAUGUGGACCCCAAUGAUUCUUCUCUCCAUCUCCAAGAUGGUACAAUCUACAGUCCAGAAGAUCACAUUUUCCUCGUUUCUGAACCUCCAGGAGAACCAUACUAUAUUGCAAGAAUCAUGGAGUUUGUCUUCCGGCCAGACGACAACACGUCUUCUAAACAAGAAUCAGAAUCUUCCGAAUUAUCGAAGCGUAAACGUAGGUCCACCGCAAAAGCUCGUGAGGCCACCAUUCCACCCACAACUCGUAAAACGCGCGGGAAAAAACCUCCCCUUGUCUCAUCAUCAUUUCCUCCCAAAUGGGCUGCAGAAAAUUAUAUGGUCCGUGUCAACUGGUUCUAUCGCCCAAAAGAUAUCUCUAAAAAAUCAAAUGACUCUCGAAUGCUUUUUGCAACAAUGAACUCGGAUACCUGUCCUCUUGCAAGUCUUCGAGGCAAAUGCACUGUCACGCACAGAGACCAUCUCACUGACUAUGAAGCUUAUCGCUGUCUCCCUGAUACUUUUUGGUUUGACAAACUUUUUGACCGAUACAUUAUUCGUUUUUUUGAUGUUGUUCCCACUGAAAAAAUAAUUAACAUUCCCGAAAAUGCUCAAAAAGUUUUGUGUGAACGUUUCAAGUACGCCAUUGUUGAAGUGGGCCGCGCAAAAGAGCUUUGCUCUGCUCCUAAAAAUUGCGAAAAAUGCACCCAAUGGUGUUCUCCAGAUGACUCGGUCCAAUGUGCGCAUUGCAAACAGUUUUACCAUAUGCUUUGUGUUGACCCACCCCUUGAAAAAAAACCGAGUAGAGGCUUUGGUUGGUCUUGUGCUGCUUGCUCGGGAGCUCGGGAGCGUCAAAUUCAAGAACAGAGAGGUUUGCAGCUGGGCAAAAAUCCAAUAAUGACACCAGCACAGCAGCCAUCUUUGUCUGCACAAACGCAAUCUGAGUUAUCAAAAAUUGCUACCACAGACUCAUCUGCAGACCCUUCUGCAGACCCUGCAGCAAACAAUGGCUCCAUAAUACCGAGCUCAGACUCUCAACAAGAUCACAAAUCCGCUUCACCCCCUCCUAUGACUCGGUUUGAACAACUCACAGAAGCCUUUAAUGACAACACUGCUUCAAAAGAAAUUACAGAUGAACAGCGUCGCCAGCUCAAGCUCUGGCCAAUGCGUUAUCUUGGCUUGCAUUCCAAAAUUGAAGAUGUUUUAGAUAUGGAUGACCGUAUUUAUCCGCGUGCAGCUUCACGAUUGGGCAACAAACAUCAAGCAUCAGUUCCUUCGUGGCCAGGCAGACCUUUUGUUUACUACGACAUUGAACGUGGUCCAGAGCGUAAAACUCGUGGUCGCUCACGAUCGGGUCGUAAGGGCCUUGGUCGCAUUACUUAUUAUGCUUGUCAUCCCGACGCUAUACCUUUGAAUCCUUCCGAAGACAUCGUUAAGGCCAAAAAUCGACCUCCAUGGUUUCGGCCCAAACCUGUUGGAUAUAUUGAACGUGGUGGUGACGAUACUAGCACGCUCAUGUGGAAGCGUCCAGAAAAUGAACUCAAUGAAGAGGAAAGCAUCCACAAUGACUUGCUGGUUGAUGAGUAUCUUGAACAAACGGUCGCAAUUGCCAAAAAAAUUGGAGUCAAGUUUUAUACCCCAAACUUUAUUGAUUCUUGCCUCAAAGCUUACAUGGAUUGCGACCGAAAUCCCGAAGAAGCUCUUAAAAUUGUAGCGACUUUUACGAAAGAGUCUCUUAAGGAGCCUAUUCUUACUGAUUCAGAAAAACGGCGUUUUGCUGAGGGCGUCAAGCUCUAUGGCAGUGAGCUUCAUGAAGUCUACAAUCAUGUCGGCACUAAACCUUCUGCUGAUAUUGUACGCUACUAUUAUUUAUGGAAAAAAACUCCAGAAGGUCACAGCAUUUGGGACAAUUACGAAGGUCGUCGUCGUAACAGGCUCAAGGAAAUCAAUCGCGCUGAGGGUGGAAGCAAUGGAACUCUUGUCGACGAUGUUGCAGAUAGUGCAGAUGACUCAGCUUACGACUCAGACAAGUCUAUUUUAUUGAAGCGCAACUAUGAAUGCAAGCAUUGUCACACUACCACUUCGCGGGCCUGGCGCAGAGCACCUGGCCAUCCUGUCGCCAAUGCUAACAACCCAAUCAUUGCUUUAUGUAUUCGCUGUGCUCGUCUUUGGCGACACUACGGAGUGAUUUGGGAGGAACCAGAUGAGAUUAUGCGUCGGUAUAAUCAGCCAAAGCGUCGCAUUGAACACGAGUUGGUAGAGGAUGCAAAAGCUAUUAUCGAAGAACGAGAUGCUGUUUCUAUUCUAGUUCCUCGGACCAAACGCCAGCGAUUAUCUUCGUCUUCCUUGUCAACUUUGACCGAAGCCCAAUCUGGUGGUCUAUUAGACUCUGCAACCAAUGGUGGAGAGUCUGCAGGGAUCCCCACUCAACCUAAUGCUACACGAGCCCGUGGCAGGUAUGCCAAGUCUGGACGUACUCGGUCUUCAGGUCGUGGGGGUGGUCCUAAUCGGACAAACAUUGCAGCGGCAGUUGUUACCGCAGUUCGAAAUAAGCCCGGACCUAAACCACGUGGCAAACCGGGUCGUAAACCCAGGAAUAAAAAGAUUCCUCAAGUUAUUCCUCUACCUGAGGAGUCAUCAUCACCAAGCUCAGACGAGUUUGAGUCUUCUGGAGGAGCUGUGAUUUCAUCGUCUCCUGAUCUUAUUCUUUCAUGUUCUUCCUCACCGUCUCCAAGCGACAUUAUGAAUCUUUCGAGCUCACUAGAAAAUUCUGAAGAGCCUAGAACUGUUGAAGAAGUCACUUCUUCGGCUACAUUGAAGAGUGUUGCUCCUGAUUUUGAAAAUGAAAAGGACGUUGAACUCAAAUCUAGUAUUUCUGAGUCUGGUAAGCGCAGCAUGCACUCCACCACCAACUUAAAUUCUGUGGCCACCACAUUGGCCUCUAGCAAUGCUGCUUCCACCACUACCACUACCACUAUCACUACCACCACCAAAAACAAAAGCAUACCAGCUACAGUCGCUACCACCGCUGGAACAAGCAACAACGACGACAACAACAACACCACCACGACUACCACCGCAACUACAACCCCAUCAAACAUUUCCGCGGAAUCCGCGCCGAAACUAGAGGAAGAAUCUAUUGCUGUCAAAAACAACUCAACCUCUAUUUUGAAGAGCAGGAAUGUCAUGGAAAUGCCCUCAAAGCCAUUUUAUCGCCAACCCGACGAGGUACUACAACAACAACCAUACCCACAGCGACUACAACAAAUCAAUCAGCAUCAACUGCAAACUCAUUCAUCUCAAAUACCCGUCAAUGUAGCCAAUCUAAACAGCGACGUGGAAGAAUCUCCUGGUCAGCAGAAGAAGCUGCCACCUCAAAAACAACAGCGCCAACCUUCGACUUCUGGAAAGUCGUUUCAAUUUAUAACAGCGCUUGGAACACCAAACCAUUCGUCAGCAAUGAGCCUCAACAAAUACAAUUUUAUGAGGCGGCACUGCUCCGUGUGUCAUGUUCGCAACGUGGAUGCCAACAACCAAGUGGUAGAACAGCAGGCUGUUUGUGCCAACUGCGGGCUUAAUGUGCAUCUGCGAUGCUACGGGCUUUCCCCGGACUUUGAUUUUUCUUCUCGCUGGCUCUGUGCCGCAUGCGACAAUGACGUCGACCCACAUCUGUCGACCUUUUAUAGCUGCAUCUUGUGCCCGGUGCGCGAGGUGGUACCUGAUGUGCCUAACCGCGAAACGGAUGCGUGUCCCGACGCGCUCAAGCCGACGUUUGAUAACAAUUGGGCUCAUGUCAAGUGUGCCAUUUGGAUUCCGGAGCUGCGCUUUGGAUCCCGUGAGCUACAGCCCAUUGAUGGGAUCCACCUUUUGGGCGACCGCUUUUCACAGAUUUGUAUUUUGUGUGACGGCCGAGGUGGUGCAUGCGUUCCCUGCGGCCAUUGUGGUCGAAUGAUGCACGUUGGGUGUGCAGACAAGUAUAAGCUUUUCCGAGGCAUUGAAAUAAUACCUGCUUCUCGUGCAGAUUCCACUAAAAGCGGUUCUGUUCGAUUUAAUGGUAAGCUGGUGCAUAUGGUUCCUGUUGUUCUUUGUGACCGGGCCACCCGAGGGCCUCAGCACUUUUCUUUGGACCAUGUGGACUCGGAAACCGGAGAGUCAAUUUUGGCCAUUUAUCUAUUCCACUACAAGAUUCGGCAAAUGUCUCAGACAGGUGCUAUGAAGCGAUCAUUGUUAUAUGAAACAGAUGCUGAUGUUGAUGGCGAUGGAGAAACUGGCGGAUCACCCAUUGUGCGUGAUACUGGACCUCGGUGCUUUGACUGUGGGUCGGAUUCAUCACUGGUUUGGUGGGACCGAGCCGAAGAAGGACUUGCUCCACGCAAAAAGUCCAUGUUUUCGCAAUCCAUAUCCCCAAGCCCCGUUGCGUCGCCUGGGGAGCACCAUGAAAAGCUAUGCCAGAGAUGUUACUGGAAGUCAAAGGACCCAGAAGAGUAUAGCAAAGCCUAUGAGCGAGGGACCACGAGUUCUAACAAGCCUUUUAAAUUAAUGCGGGCUAUUCCAUCGACUUCAAUUCUUGCUGCAAGCUCUGACGCCUUGGUUACACUUGUCAGAGAAUCCAAUUUAUCACCAAAGGAAAUUAAAGCCAUUACAUAUGCACCGGAGUUCAAAGACAGGAGGCUACAGUCCUCAUCACCGGUCGUUGAUACACCAAUACCCAAGGCAUCUGACGAUUCUAUUUCUCAAGCAGUUGUGUUAGAGCCAAAAGCCAUGGGACCCAAAUAUGAUCCCAAUACACGCUAUUAUUAUGAUGAACGUGAACAGCAUGACGAAGAACGCGACAUUCACCUUCAGCACCGGGACCAUCUUCAUUCUUUACAUAACGAAAGCGAUCAGCAUUAUCAACACCAUCGGCAUUAUCACCGAGCAUCAUACUAUUAUGAUGAGGCUAUGCGUGACCCCAGGGCUGUUGAUGGAUACAGCUCUGAGUGUAUGCCAGAGCACUUGCCACAAAAGCGAUCUUUGUCGCCUGGAUUGGCGGCAGCACCCCGGAGUCCUCCUGCAAGACUUGCAAGCAUGGGGCAGCCAGUUGGUGGCCAUCACCCGCCGCCUAAUGGACCUUAUGCGUAUCCAAUGCCAUUCCCCCCAUUAUCGUCAUCGGCGUAUGGGUCAUAUCCAAGACCCCCGUAUCAUUAUCCACCUCCACCACCUUCACUGCCUCUAUCUGGACCUCAUAGUUGGGGUCGGUAUCCGUACCAUCAUGGGUCACCAGUUCCAUCUGGUCCCAUGCUUACACCUCCUGCGCCCCCCUCUGCACAGGCACCGGGACCGCCAACACUACCACCACAGCAGGAGUCGAUGCAACAGCAAUUACAACAAAGGUUUCAACAACGGCAACAACAAAGAUCCCAACGACAGCCGCUACCACUGCCACCACCAUCGUUGCAACAACAACAACAACAACAACAACAACAACAACAACAACAAAAGCAACAACAACAUCCACACCCUGCAGUUUCAGGACCUUCAGCAGAAGGUAGCUCUAGUACAAGUAAUACCGGUAGCUCAAAUAGUGGUCGUAGCAAUAACAACAAGGGAACAGGCUCUUGGGGAACACACGAGUAUGGUGAUCGCGGGGCGGGUAUUGAUGGCGAUGUGCGUGGCCCGCGAGGUGCAGACUCGAUGCAUGGACAACAUGGAUCACCGAGACAAGUGCCAAUGGGAUCUUCAUGGGGUGAUGGUACUGGAGACCUGUAUAGGAUGCAUCAUCACCACCAUCAUAACCGCCACGGUUCUCACCAUGGGCCGAUUUCUGGCCAUCAUCCAAUGGGAUCUGGAUAUUAUGAUUAUGGUGCAUAUGGGACUUCGACAUUACCUCCACCACCACUUCCUCUUCCUCCUCCUCCUCCGGGUCCAACUCAGGAGGCUUCUGGGUUACCGCCGCAUUUACCACCCACAUCAGCACUUCCUUCUUUACCACAAUUAGUUUCUCAUGAAGGAGGAAGCGGUCCUCACGGUUCUUUGCCAGGCCCUCACCAUGGGUCUUAUGGGUAUAGCCAUUCAAAGUCAGGAUCUUUGCCUCCUACACGACACCAUGGAUCGUCGGCGUCGUACCGAUAUGAAGAGGAUCCUCGAGGCAUGCCACCACCACCACCACAUCAUCCAUCACCUGCUUCUUCAUCAUCAUCAUCAUCAUCAUUAGGUCCUAGUGGACACCACCAGCGCAUAUCGCACCAUGAGCUUCAUUCGCGAGCCGGUAGCAAUCAGCCGACUUCUCGAAGCAAUAGCAAUGAACGCCAUCAUCUUUCUACUCAUAGUGCUGCGCUGCUGGGAAUGCCGGGUCCUCCGCCGGGCCCGACAGCUUCUUAUUCUCAUUCUUCUGGUUAUGGGAAUGGGGGGUAUCAUUUGCCACCUCUUGGCAACUCUAGGGGCCAUUCAGGACCAGAGGCCGGAUUUGGGUCUUCAAGAUCCGGACGUGAUGGGCGUCGGAUGUCCCACUCUGAUGUCCGGCGGCGCCGGACAGGCGGGUCUUGA